GUUGCAUCAUAAAUGAAAAAGUUGAUACAAUUUUUGCAGUCAUAUUAGACCAAAACUAAAAUGACGUGUUCUAGUUACUAUGUUUCAAAGAGUUAUUGAGUGCACAUAAAUAGUCAACUCGAAAGAAUUGAAAUUCAGAUACCUCAGCCAAACUUUUGGUGGAAGGUAGAUAGCCAUGGCUGGAGGGUCUUUUGCACCAAGAGGUGUGGCAAAAGAGAGAGCAGAGCAGUACAAGGGAAGGGUCACUGCUUUUGUUAUCAUCGCCUGUAUAGUUGCUGCAGUUGGAGGAUCACUCUUCGGCUAUGAUAUUGGAAUUUCAGGUGGAGUCACCUCAAUGGAUGGAUUUCUCGUGAAAUUCUUCCCCGCAGUCUACAGACAAAAAAAGCACGCGCAUGAAAACAACUACUGCAAAUACAACAACCAAGGCCUUGCAGCAUUUACUUCUUCUCUAUAUCUUGCUGGCUUGGUAUCGUCUAUUGUAGCAUCUCCCAUCACACGGAAGUAUGGGCGUCGAGGAAGUAUCAUCUGUGGUGGAUUAAGUUUUAUUAUAGGAGCCACUUUAGAUGCGUCAGCAGUAAAUCUGGCAAUGCUCAUUUUCGGUCGGAUCAUGCUUGGUGUUGGCAUUGGAUUCGGAAACCAGGCAGUGCCGCUGUAUUUGUCAGAAAUGGCACCAACUCAUCUUCGAGGAGGCCUAAAUAUGAUGUUUCAAUUGGCAACGACACUUGGGAUCUUCACAGCAAACAUGAUAAACUAUGGAACAGAGAAGCUUAGGCCAUGGGGGUGGAGGCUUUCCCUAGGCCUUGCAGCAGUACCUGCUAUUUUGAUGGCAAUAGGCGGGAUAUUUCUUCCUGAAACACCUAACAGUUUAAUUGAAAGAGGAUUAAAAGAAAAGGGACAAAAUGUUCUCGAGAAAAUCAGGGGAACCUCAGAUGUCCAUGCAGAAUUGCAAGACAUAAUUGAUGCUAGUGAUCUUGCAAAUUCUAUCAAGCAUCCUUUCAGAAACAUCCUUGAGAAGAGGAACAGGCCGCAGUUGGUCAUGGCAAUCUUCAUGCCAACUUUUCAGAUACUUACAGGCAUAAAUUCUAUUCUUUUCUAUGCCCCCGUGUUGUUUCAGACUAUGGGAUUUGGUGGAAAUGCUUCUCUCUACUCCUCGGCUUUGACUGGAGCAGUACUCGCUUCUUCCACUUUCAUAUCUAUUGCGACUGUUGAUAGAUUGGGCCGCAGAGCUUUACUGAUUAGCGGAGGAAUACAAAUGGUUGUGUGUCAGGUGAUAGUAGCAAUCAUACUGGGGCUCAAAUUCAGAAGUGACGAGGGACUUUCAAAUAGCUUCUCGAUAUUGGUUGUGGUUAUAAUCUGUCUCUUUGUUGCAGCUUUCGGGUGGUCAUGGGGACCUCUUGGCUGGACAGUCCCCAGCGAAAUAUUCCCACUAGAAACUCGAUCUGCUGGACAGAGCAUUACAGUUGCAGUAAAUCUCUUCUUCACAUUCGUAAUAGGCCAAUCUUUCCUCACCCUCUUAUGUGCAUUCAAGUUUGGGAUUUUCCUCUUCUUUGCGGGUUGGAUUACCAUCAUGACGAUCUUUGUCUAUCUCUUCCUUCCCGAGACAAAGGGCGUGCCCAUCGAAGAGAUGAUAUUCUUGUGGGAAAAACACUGGUUCUGGAAAAAGAUUGUUCCCAUAUACUCAGAGGCAGAAACGGAGUCGUAAUGGUAUCAAGAAACUUAGUCAAGCAAAUGAUCAAACACAUAAGGGACUGUCGACUGUGGACGAUAUUCUAAUAUUAUUAGCUUAAUAUCAUGAAGAAAAAACAUCUGAUGAAUUGUUAUUGUGUGGGCUUUUUAUGAAAGUGAAGUGAAAUCGAUUCUGUUGAAAUUUCCUAA